GAGGCAGAAACAGCUCGGAGGGAAAACAGGCAUUUUCAUUCUCUGCUGUUUCUUUCUGUAGUUCUUCAGCUGCUUUUGUUUAAUGCUUUGUUUUUUUAGGAGUCUAAUGAGAGAUGGGAUGUGGAAAUUCAUCACCAACCAUCAACACUGACAGCAGCUCUGCAGGUCGUGCCGAGUUUCCAUCAAAGCUAUCUGAUGAGCCGGCGGCAGAAGACGACAAACGAAAGAACUAUGGAGGAGUUUACGUCGGUUUACCUGCAGACCUGAGCAACAUCCCUCAAGUCCAGAUCGGAUCACUGAGAGAGACCGACAGAGACUCUCCAUCCCUCAGGAGGCCUUUAUGGGGAGACGGACUGUGAUGAUAAUGAACAUCCAGGCCUGUGGCAGCUUUAAAAGGUGCUCCAUGAAGGUGAUGAACUCCUGAAGGCAGGUGUCCAUUAGCUCCUCGCCGUCGUCAUGACGAACCUAGCAGAGAACAAUCUGGUGUCUCAGCAUCCCCUCUGAGGACUUUAAUGGCAUCAUCACCUCUUCCUGCUUUAACGGACUGAAUUCUGUGGAAGCAGAGUCGACCUGGACUCUCAAAUCCUAACAGAGGUGACGAGGGCGCAACAGAAGCUUCCUCUGAGAGUUCGACAUUCGGCCUCAUUGGAGGCUUGACCAGCUGCCACAAGACGGAGGAUGUUGUAUCGGAGCUGCUCCUCAUCAAAGUUCAGUAGCUGCAUGAGACAAGUGCAGAUAGGACAUCAGGGGAAUUUGCGUUAAUGAACUCCAUGAAAAUAUAAUUGUAAUAAACAAGAGCACUGUCACGAAUGCUAAAUGCCAACAUGGGGGUGUUUAACAGCGGCACAGACUGGAAGCUUUCUAACUAUGAUCACGAUGAAAUUUAACUCCAACCCUAAAGUCUUAUAAACGCUACACUUGGAGCAGCAGUGUCUCCAGAAUUUUUUUCAAGAAAAUUUAAGUCACUUUUAUGUGCUGUUUUUUUCCCAUUUGCAAGUAGGAAUGUUAUUGUACCUUCAUUUUUUAAAGAUACUUGUGCUCUGUUAAAUCUUUGGGUUGAAGCUUCACUGAUUCUUGGGUAAAAAUGUAAAUAACUGCUACGAUAUUAUGUAAUUUUUAAAAUUAAUUAUUUUUUUAAAAAAAUACUACAAAUGU